AUAAUAGUAAAAUAAGAUUAUUUUAUUCUCGCAGAAAGAGCUGUUUUUAAGAGUUGUGAAUAAACUGUAUUGUUAUACGUAAACAAAAAUGUCUUGUGUACCAAGUAUUAACGCCUAUGUUGCCUCCCAUUCCCAUUCCCAACAAGCCGAAGUCCAGGAAAUGACAGAAACUGUUAUUACUCCACCACCCACUUGUCAGCAGCUGAAAGAAAAUGAAAAGAAGUCUUGGUUUGGAAGCAUUUUUGAUAAAUUCUCAUUCGUUGGACAUGAUGGUGUUACUUUGAUACAAGAGGCCAAGAAGACAGAAGUACAGCAAGAUAACAACAUGAAUCUGCUGUCUCGUGUGCGACAUCUUUCAAACUCAAGCACAGAAAGUACAUCCACGGAAAACCAGGAUAGAAUACGACAUCAAUCAAAUCCAGACCGAUAAACUAUUGUUUUAAAAACAAUGCACUUUUCUUUGACAUUGAUCUUUUUUUGUACUUCUAACACCACAGUAUCCCAGCUGCAAAAAAAUGUACAGCUUAAAACUGGUGUCUAAAAUUUGUGGGCUUGAUCUCGCACCAUUUUGUUGUUUCACCGAUGUAUAUAAUGACGCUGUCUCCUGACUAGGGAUUUUGAUUGUUCUUACAGUGUUUGUGAAUGUGUCAGUGCUUAUAUGUUGUGUAAAUUGUCCACGUGUACUAUUACUUUAAUACAUGAAUCUAUAGAUUCAGUUUG